AUGCCUAGCUUCUUUUACUCCCAAUUUUUCGUUCGGCCAUCUUAUCCCACUCAGUCCUUCGAGGGCCAGACGGUUUUGGUGUCUGGAUCUAAUGUCGGUCUCGGCCUGGAAGCCACCCGCCAUGUAGUUCGAUUGGGCGCAGCCAAAGUGAUUAUGGCUGUGCGUAAUGUGAAAGCUGGCGAGGCUGCCAAAGAGGAUAUCGAGAAAUCCACCGGACGCAAUGUCUGUGAAGUGUGGGAAAUGGAUCUCGCAUCUCAUAGCUCCGUGUUGGCAUUCGGCGAACGUAUCUCUCAGCUUCCCCGCCUUGAUGCAGCAAUUAUGAAUGCAGCUCUUGCAACAAAUAAUUUCGAGCUGGUUGGGACCUAUGAGAAAACUAUCACUGUCAAUGUAAUCAAUACUUUGCUGCUCUCACUGCUCAUCCUCCCAACCUUAAAAGCAACCAAGAUGCAGUUCCCCUCCAGCCAGCCUCACCUCUCCCUCGUGGUAAGUGAAGUUCACGGGUGGGUUGAUUUCCCGGAGUGGAAAGCCGAUGAGCCUCUCAAAGUGAUUUCAGACCCAGCAACUGCCAAGAUGACUGAUAGGUACCCACUAUCAAAGCUGCUCGAGGUUUUGCUUGUCCAAGAGCUUGCUGGACGGGUGAAGGGAUCGGAGGUUAUUAUCACCAUGGUAAACCCAGGUCUUUGCCACUCAGCACUGGCACGAGAGGCAGGAAUUGGCCUUGCCGUGAUGAAGUUUUUCAUGGCACGGACAACGGAGAUAGGAUCUCGUACUUUGAUUGCUGGCAUAUCUACUGGCAUUGAAGGCCAUGGCGCUUAUAUGAGCGAUGGAUACACUUGCAACACCAAUCUUUCACCGUUUGUGCGCAGCGAGGAAGGACGACAGGCUCGGGAGAAGCUUUGGGGGCAAGUGACCACAAUUCUUGAGGGUUAUAAGCCCGGGGUCACUCGUGUCGUUUAG